CACUUCAUACUACGUUGGUCCAGUUCACUCAGCUGUAAAUGGAUUAACCAUGAGGCAGCAUAUUUUUUCGGUCAGGGAAAAUGUUAGUGUGCUCACCGAGCCAGCGGGAUUAUCUUCUACUAAAUCCACUUAUAAGGAUUUGGUCGGACAGAGCUUAUAGUAGAAAAUAUUCGCCUAAGGUGCCACGCAGUGUGAUUGAACCCAGAAACAUGGUGUUGGGGGAAAUCUUCUUACCCGACAAACGCAUAUCUUUUAUUACAUCAUUCUUGAUUUUAACUGAAAAGGAUUCGCUUCAAGUAGAAAAUUACACUCAUGAGUUAAGGACGUAACUCAUUUUAAUGCUUAAUUUACGAUGCUCGUUACUCUUAUUAUGUGGACCAUAUAUAACUUUCAUUAUUUAUCUCCGGUUGUCAUAUAUGAAACUAGCAAAUAAUAUUGCAAUACUUGAUUUUUAUUAUUCCGGUCAGAGGUAUAAUUGAUUUAAGAUAUGAAGGGAAGGAUUAUUAUAACUUUAGCUCUUCAAAAAAAUGUGUGCUUUUAAAAUAGUUAAAGCGUAAAAGCACAGGGUAAAUGCCCGAAGAAAUUCAUUGAUUUGAAAGAAAUAUUAGGAAACGUAAAAGAUUUGAAAAUCUGCAGUUUAAAUUCACACUAUCGCCUGUAGGACUUAUUUGAGAAAAGAGUAAUAAAGAUAUGAAAAAAAUACUUCUAUAGACAUUUAUUGGAUACUUUUGACUUUUGUUUCUAAAUAGAAAUCCAAACAUCAAAAUACAAGAAAGAUAAAAAAAAAAGAGCCAAAACAUAUUAUUCAAUAGUUCCUAUACACUGUUAUGCAUUAAAUGUAGGAGCGUUGGUGUGCAGUUAAUCUUACUGUUGCAGGAGGCAGCUGCAUUGUUUUUACAUAUUCAAUAUUAAUGGGUAAUAUAUAAUAUGUAAAUUAUAUUGGAGGCAUAUAUAGGUGAAUAUUUUUUCACACAAAUGUACAUAAUUAAUCUGACUUCAGUAAAAGCACUGUUGGAGAAUAGAAAACGUCUGUUUUGAAAAUUGAACGAAUAUAAAGAAAAAACAAUUUGCUGUUAAACGAAGUGACAGAAAACUACCUGAUUUUGCUUUUAAUUUAGCUGUGCUACAAUUUGAUGGCUGAACACCCAGAUAUGGAAAAGAAGAACCGCAGGAAAGCAAAUGCUUCAAGAAAAAAAGAAAGUGACCCUACGAAGCCUAAAAGGCCGAUGACUGCAUACUUUUACUACCUUGCAAAUUGUCGUGCGGAAAAUAAUAGAGUCGGCAACGCUCCAUUAAAAGUGAGUGAAUUCUCUAAGAUAUACGCCGAAAAAUGGAAAACUUUGCCUCCUGAUGAGAAGAAAAUAUAUGAAGACCUGGCCUUAAAAGACCGCGAAAGAUGGCUUCAAGAAACCGGAAAACUGAACAAUGGUUCUGAUAUGAAGCCAAAACGCCCCCAGUCAGCUUAUAUGAUGUUUUUGAAAGAUUAUCGGAAAAACAAUUCCGGUAAAAUGAAGGCAUCCGCCCUAAUUUCGAAAGCAGCUGAAGAGUGGCGCAUUCUUUCAGAUGUGAAAAAAAAAGUUUAUACAAAACAAUUCCUCGAGAACCAGGCUCGAUACCAACAAGAGAAGGAAAAUUACGUGAAUGGUAAAAAAGAUGAAGUUCAACUGGCAAAACGACCUCGUAUAGAAGAUAAGAUUCAUAGCGAAAACUUUGAAAGUGAGGCUGUUGUAUAAUUUCGUUAUCCCUUCAUUCCUUAUUUGGAAACAAAUUUUAAAAAUAGCCUGUUUUGAAUUUCAUAAAUGACACGUUCUGUUUACGCAAGUAAUGCAUUUUAAAGUUUCAUCCUUUGAAGUGUAUUCCUAUAAUGGAAUUUUGGGACAAAAACCAAUAUUUAUUGCCUUAAUAUUUUGGUACUUUUAACUUAUUUACGUGUAAUUUUUUAAGUGAAUUUAAUAUCGUGUUUUAAAUGUUAAAUAAAAUCUGAUAUCGCUCGCUCAUACUAAACAGG